AUGAGCCGACAUCGCUUUAACAACGUCCAAAUCAAGGCGCUUCCGGGCGGACUAAUGGCACACCAGGAGCCGGAAGCGGAUGGUGGUCAGUCCAGUGCCCAGAAGAUGCCCAUAUGGCCCAGCGAACGUAUUGCACCCGGCGGUUCUGGAGCCUUUCACUCGGCCAAGGUGGAGUACAGCAAGGAGACGGCUGAUCUGAUCCGAUUGCUCGUCAAGGAGUCCAAGAUGUCCAUGAUGGUACGCAAACAGAUCGAUGAGAGCCUGCGCAAUGGAGCACCUUUGCCACUUCCCGAGCCGCCGCGUCCAAACACCCGGAACGAUCCUGACCGGGAGACACUGGCCAUUUUGGAACGUGCUCGCAACGCCAAGCGCAAGAAUCUCCGCCAGAUCGAGCAGAGCGGGGCCUACAAGCUGAGCUACUAUCGUCCGCCCGCCGACAACCGAAUGCCUGGGGAGAAGGCCAAGUCGCAGCUCCAGUUCACCAUGGCGGGGACUCAUCUGCCGGAUCCGGCAGUCAAACCACGACGUCGUCCACGCGAGGAGCAACUGGUGACGGAGGAGGAUCUCAUCAAUGAGCUACUGGACCAAAUCAACGAGCGUGCCGAGUGGCUGACCGAAAUGGAAUCCAUGGGCCAGGGCAAGAAGUAUCGUCCCGAGAUCAGAGAGCAGAUUGCCGAGCGUCUGCGUCGCAUUCAGGCUCUAGAAUCCAAGAUGAAGAUGAAGUCCGAUGGUGGCUUCCGUUUUGUCGACUAA